GGUGGGGCUUAGAGGAAGCGGAAGUGUCAGACGAGGCGGAAGUGGUACUGCCCUGAAUAGCCCGAGCAGCGAGCGGAGGACGGCUGGACAAACUCAUCGUUCACAGAACCGAACCCGGACCGAACCGGACUCCUAGUACGCUCCGAAUCCUAAAAGAUGGAUAAGAACGACCUGGUGCAGAAAGCCAAGCUGGCAGAGCAGGCUGAGCGCUACGACGACAUGGCGGCUGCCAUGAAGUCGGUGACGGAGCAGGGCACCGAGCUCAGCAACGAGGAGCGCAACCUGCUCUCCGUCGCCUACAAGAACGUGGUGGGGGCCCGCCGUUCAUCCUGGCGCGUCAUCUCCAGCAUCGAGCAGAAGACGGAGGGGAACGAGAAGAAACAGCAGAUGGCCCGCGAUUACCGCGUGAAGAUCGAGGCUGAACUCCAAGAAAUCUGCCACGACGUGCUGAAUCUGCUCGACAAAUUCCUCAUCGUCAACGCAUCUCAGGCGGAGAGCAAGGUGUUCUACCUCAAAAUGAAAGGAGACUACUUCAGAUACCUGUCGGAGGUGGCCUCUGGGGACUCGAAGAAGGACACGGUGGAGAACUCUCAGCAGGCCUACCAGGACGCCUUCGACAUCAGCAAGAAGGACAUGCAGCCAACACACCCCAUCCGGCUGGGCCUGGCCCUCAACUUCUCCGUCUUCUACUACGAAAUCCUCAACUCGCCCGAGCAGGCCUGCUCUCUGGCCAAGCAGGCCUUCGACGAGGCGAUCGCCGAGCUCGACACCUUGAACGAGGACUCCUACAAAGACAGCACGCUGAUCAUGCAGCUACUAAGGGACAACCUGACCCUGUGGACAUCAGAAAACCAGGGCGACGAGGGUGAAACCGGCGAUGGCGAAAACUAGAGAGCACUUCACUGUUGACCCAUCCCCACACUCUUCCUCUCUCUCCCUCUCCCUCCUCCUCUUCCUCUCUUCGUACACAUAAACAGCCCGUUUCAUUCCCUCGUCCCACUUUUUCGAGCCCAGCCUCCCGACCUCCCUUCUGUAUAACCUGCAGCAUGAAUAGUACCUGACCUCCAAACACUGAUAUUUAAAAAAAAAAAAAAAAAAAAGAAAUCAACCGAUGAGUGUGUGUGGAGGGUGAAGUCCUCCGUCACCCCCCCCCCCCCCCUCCUUUGUUUCCGCCCUCCCUUUAAUCAUGGCACUCCAGCGGACGGCUCCGACUCGUCUCCGAGCACGCAGGGAGGGUUUUUAUCACCGACCACAGAAGAAAAAGAUUCUCCUCGUCCGUCCCCCCCCCCCUUCCUCGUUUCUCCUCUCCCCCUCCCCCGCCUCAGUACGCUUCUCACCCCACCCACUCCUCCCCUCUCUAGUGAUUUAAUGCAUUUAUAUAGUCGUCCACCCCUUCUCUUUUUGGCUUUUCUUAGUGUACUGGCAAAAAAAAAUGGCUGGUUUUAUUCCACUUUAAACAAAAACGAAAAAAAGGUUAUUAAACUGUCCGUUUAUUUUCAACAAACACUGUGAUGCUUAGUUUUUCCUCCAGAUUGUUGUUUGAUGGCUUAAAAACUAAAGCGAAGGCCCACCGCGGAGGGAUCUGGGAGGGUGUGUGUGAUUGUGAGUGACAGUGUGUGUGUGUGUGUGUGAGUGUGUGUGUGUGUGUUGGACGCAGCAGUGCUGUUCUGCUGAGGUUUAUACAGAAGGGUCCUCCUACAAGGCUGUAUUGUGACACUGACGAAUCUAAAAACAAGCAAGCAGCUGUGCGAUCCAACACCAGGACUCCCGUUUCAUCCAGCGUUCAGAGAAAGUGUUAAAAAUACAUUCCACCUUCACGUUCCGACACGGUUCUCCACCCAGUCCGGUCCGGUCCGGUCCGCCUCGUGUCCAAACCCCCGCCACAGAGAAAACUCCUUCACACAUUCACCCCCUCCCCUCCCCUCCCCCUUUUUUGCAGUUGCUUUUUUUUUUUUUUUUUUUUUUCAGUUUUAUUUUAUUCUGUGUGUUUCUACAACAAAUCAAACUUCUGGGUUUUUGAAAACUGUAAAAUUGUAAAACAUUUUUAGAGUUCAACUGUAAAUCUGUCUUUUUGGAAAAACGGUUCGUCGAUGUUGUUCGUGAACACCCGCUUGCAGAAGAAAAAAAAACAAACAAAGAAACCGUUACGGUCAGCUGCUCUUUUCAUGCUUUUUCAUUUUAAUUUUUUUUUUAAUUUUUUUGGUACUUUUUCUGACCCCGCCGCUCAGAGACGUCUCGAAGUUUCCACUCGCUGCUGAAUGGUGCGAUCGACCAGCCAGAAUGCAUGCCUUCAUUUCUACUGCUGCAACGAGCGGGAAAUUCAAAACACGCCCAACCACUGGUUCCAGACGUCCAUCCUGGACCAGAUCACUUCACUCUGGCGCGUAAAAUUAAUGAAUUGGCAGGAAAAUCAUUUCAAAAGCAGACGCAUUUAUCCAACCCUCCUGAGAAAUGGAGUCAAAUUCACAGGGAGAAAGGUAGUUUAUGAGAAAAAUCGGGCUGAGGAAGCGUAACUUUGGUUCAAUCCCAGAGAGAACAGGUGACGGUUCUGUAAUCCCCAUAAGUCAUUUGAAAAGUAGCCAACAUGAACAUUCUCAGCCUGAAACCUGACGAGGCUGCGAUCCCCAUUCCCAGCUGGGGGGCCGCGACGGGUCCGCGUGUCGACGGCGCCGAACCGCAGCCGAUCAGCCAAUCGCGGGAGAGCACCUGUGGUUCGGCCGGCGGUCAUCACCAGAACACGGACGUAUCGAGGCUGCCGUCGGCAGACUGAACGGUACAUUUUCCAGAUCCGAUGUCUUUUGCAAGUUCAUUUCCUUAACUUUAAUUUUUACUUGCAACUGGCAAAAAACGUCUCCUUGCAGUUUCUCUCGUGUUGCAUUCACUGCACACUGCCAGUAACAGAUACUGCACCUGCUCCAGAAGCUAUUGCAAGUCCCAACCUUGUAGGAAGAUCGUUGGAUGUCUGCAAAAAUCUUUAUUUUUCCAACUUUUUCUACUCAGUGUCACAAUAACCUUGUCAUGAACCAUCUCAACAUUCCACUCUGUAGGUGUAGAAAACUCAUGUGUCUCAGUGUUUUGAUUUUUUUUUUUCUUUUUUGCUGGGGACAAAAUGUUUUCAUGCACUGACGUUUAAAAAAAAAAAAGGUUAAAAAAAGACACCUCCCUGCCGCUUUUUUUCUUGUUAGCUGAACAAAAAAAGGCAGUUAUUCUACGCAUUCUAAGGAAAAAAUGAUCCCAUGCAGUAGUGAAUGUGGCACCGAGCCUGUCUGUAUAUCUGGUAUCUGAAAUCAUUUUGUUUUUACUGACCAGUAUUCUGCUUAAAAUAAAAAAAAAAGGAAUAAAAAAACAACCUAAAAAUAAUGAAAAAAAAGUUUGCUUCUGUGACGGAUUUUCUUGCUUAGCGCACGUGGUUGUGAAAAUUUAGAGUUAGCUUAAGGACACCAAU